AUGGAGACAAGUUAUAUUCUCCUCUUUGCUCAGCUUGCACUUUUCAUUCUGCUUCACAACCGUACUUCACUUGCUAAUAUUAUCACUGAUGAAGCUUCUCUUCUUGCACUUAAAUCACACAUUUCUUUUCAUCCUAACAAUAUCUUAGCAAGCAACUGGUCUUCUUCCACCCCGGUUUGCAGCUGGAUUGGAAUCACUUGCAGCUCCCGCCACAAUCGAGUCACUGCUUUAGACAUUUCUAGCAUGCAACUUCAUGGUACCAUUCCUCCACACAUUGGAAACCUCUCAUUUCUGUCUUCCCUUGACAUCAGUAACAACACUUUUCAUGGAGAUUUGCCACAAGAAUUGGCUCAUUUGCAGAGGUUGAAAUCGAUUAAUGUCACAAGCAAUAACUUCACCGGAGCCAUUCCGUCAUUUUUAAGUUUGUUGCCGAAACUACGCUUUGUGUACCUAUCGAGAAACCAAUUUUCGGGGAAAAUUCCAACUUCCCUUUCCAAUCUAACAAAGUUGCAAGUGUUGAGCAUAAAAAGAAAUUUUCUUCAAGGAGAGAUCCCUCGCGAACUCGGUGAUCUUCGUUACCUGAGUAUCCUAGACCUGCAAUAUAAUGGACUUACAGGCUCUAUACCAUCAUCAAUCUUUAACAUUACUACAAUGCAAGUAAUUGCUGUUUCGUACAACAAUCUUACUGGAAAGCUUCCAAAAACUAUAUGUGACCAUCUUCCAAACUUGGAAAGGCUUUUCUGCGCUAGCAACUCCCUGGAUGGAGUUAUUCCACCAAACCUGGAGAAAUGCAAAAAGCUUCAAGUACUGAUGUUGUCACUCAAUGAGAUUGCUGGAACUGUACCAAGAGAGCUAGGCAACUUAACAGCUCUUGCUGACUUAUAUAUUGCAGCUCUGCAUUUGAAAGGAGGGAUACCAAUGGAGCUUAUGAAACUUACUGGUAAUCUUAAGAGACUUCAGGUAUCACAGAAUGAGCUUACUGGCUCUGUCCCUGAAAGCAUUUUCAACAUGUCAUCUCUGCAGAUGAUGGAUUUUGGACUAAACAAGCUUUCAGGUACUCUACCUUCAGAUUUAGGUAGCGGAAUGCCCAACCUAGAAGAACUUUAUUGUGGGGAAAAUAAUUUGAAUGGCUUUAUCUCUGAUUCAAUCUCAAAUUCUUCAAGACUCAGAAAACUUGAUCUAUCGGAAAACAGUUUCACAGGUCCAAUUCCUAAAUCACUUGGUAACUUAGAAUACCUUGAGGUUCUUAACUUGCAGGGGAAUAAUUUUGUCAGCGAUUCAACAUUGAGCUUCCUUGCAUCAUUGACAAACUGUAGGAAUCUAAGACAACUCUGGUUUGGUCGUAAUCCGUUGGAUGGUGUUUUGCCUGCAUCUGUUGGUAAUUUCUCCAACUCUCUAUUUGUUUUUGGAGGAAAUGGUUGUAAAUUGAAGGGUGUCAUUCCUCAAGAAAUUGGUAAUCUUACUGAACUGACAAUGAUUAGCCUUUCUAACAAUGAGUUGACUGGACAUAUUCCAAAUACUGUACAUCACAUGUUGAGCAUUCAAGAACUUUACCUACAAAGCAACAAGAUAGAAGGAAUCAUACCAGAUGUUAUCUGUCAUUUAAAGAAUCUAGGUGCUUUAGUCUUGUUAGAAAAUCAUUUUUCAGGUUCAGUGCCCUCAUGCUUAGGGAAUGUUUCUAGUUUGAGGUAUCUUAAUCUAGCUUACAACAGGCUGAAUUCAAGAUUACCUGCAAACUUGGGGAGCCUUCAAGAUCUCAUAGAAUUCAAUGUUUCAUCUAAUUUAUUGAGUGGGGAAAUUCCACUAGAGAGCGGAAACUUGAAGGCUACAACACUCAUUGAUCUCUCAAAUAAUUAUUUUUCUGAUUAG